UCGGAUAGUAUCGUCUGGAUUGUGUGCAUGAACUGAAUGUUGUUUAUACGCGCGCGUGCGUUCGUCUUUUUGAUCGUAUCGAAACGAAUCGAAGCGAGAAAAAAUUUCUUCAAUGAAUUUGUGAUUUUCGGUGUGAAUUUCGUUGAAUACAUUGCUGCAAAUGACAUAAAUGAAAUAAACGAGAGAAAAAAGCGCAAAGCACAAAGAAGUGACAAUUAUUAUUUAUUUGACUGAUAUCUCAAAGCAAAACGGAAGAAAAUAAAAUCAUUAUUAUUUGUUGUGUUUUUCUGCUGUUGAUGUCUGCCUGUGAACGAGCGGGCGAUAACGAAAGUGAUCAACAUGGACCAGUGUACUUAAUCUCGAGCAGAAAAGGAAGUUGACGAUGAAAGAAAAAGGAAAUGAAAUGGCUUGCUGAUUUUUCUACAUAAUCAUCACAAAUCAUCGAAUUGUGCGGCUGUCACAAAGGUGUUUAUCGUUUCUGGUGGCUAAAUUAUGUCAAAUGACAAGUGUUAAUGUGACCCAUUGAAUGAAUACUAAUAUUUCGUUUUUUGGUUUUGAAAAAUGAUUUAAAUAUCAACAAAUACCGACCGACCGAAUUGAAAAAGAGAUAGAGAGAAAAACAAAAUCAAAGCAACGACAAAAUAAAAAGUCAUUACAGAGGCCGACACAACUAGUGGACCCAGAAUAAAAAUUAAGCAGUGAAAACUGAUAUAAAUAAAAAACCAUAUCCAUAUAUUCUCUUCUUGAAACCGAGAACAAAUAAGAAAUAAAAAAAGAAAAGAGUUGCAAGUGGUGUGGCUUGGCACAGCAGGAAUUAUGGCAUAAUUAAAUCAAUAUUGUGUGAAUUUUUAACCAAUUUUUGAUUACAAAACCCCCUUAAAUUGACAACAUACACUCACCGGCUAAAUUUUCGAUAUCCAACAAAACGCACACACACGCGACAAAUCUGGUGUUGUGAUUUAUGUAAAUCUUUUGGGCUAUUCCAUUCCGCUGCGUUAUAUUCUUUUCUUGUGGCCGUCAUUGAACAUUUAUUUGAAGCGAUCAUAUCGGAAACUUUAUCUCCGAGUGAGAACGUGUGAAUUUUUGAUUGAGAAAAAAGAAACCAACAAAACAAAACAGCAUAGCCAAAUCUGAAAAAUUAACGAGACGAGACAGAGAAAAAAAUUCAUAAUAAUCGAGAAGAAGAGAGAAAAAAGAGACUCUAACUUCGAGAGAGAGAGAGAGAGAGAGAGAAAGAGAUCCAACGAAAAAUAAAAAAUUGGUGCUCCGAAGCGAUAGAGAUAGUUUGUCGGAUAGUUUGGGAAUUUCAUUGUGUGAAUUAUUAUUAAUGUGAUGACAAACAUGAAUAAUCAAGUAAUUUUUUGUGGUGGCAUUUAAUUUAUGAGAAAGAAGAAAUUCAACGGCAUUUGGCAAAUUAAGCGAAUUGGUGUUAUUGCAGAUCGAUUUUCUCAGAGGUGUUGAUUACGGUGUAUGUAUCUCUCGCUCUGUGUGUGUCUUUUUUUUCCUCUAUUCGUGUUGUUGGAGCGAACUAGAAAAAAAGAAUAAGAAAAAGUGGAUUGCGAUCGUGAUUUGAUUCGUUCGGAAACAUUUGAUUGAACUUUGCUGCCAGCCGAACCAGCAUGUAUAAUAACAAUUCAAGUGUUUAUGAAUGUGAUAACACAUAAUUUCAAUUUGAAACAAGUGCAUUCAAGAGACGUGUGUUACAAAUAACAAUUGGAUUUUGUGUACGGAUUUUUGUCAUCGGCCUUUUGUUUGCCGGCUGUACAAUUUCACACAGCUUCCGGCUGACCGAAACAAUUUGGAACAAACAAAAAAAGAAGAAGAUUUGAACUCAAACGGAUUUCAUCAGUGCAACGUUGUGUAUUUCGUGUGCAAACGCAAGACAAAUACACCAAUCCAAGUUAGGACAAAUUCAGCAAAAAAAAAAAAAAUCAAAAAAACAAACCACACUGAUCAUUCAAAAUGACGAUCAGAGAUUUACAGUUUGGCUCAUUAGUUGCCGCAUUUUUCCUAUUGCUGCGGAUACAAUGUGUAUCAACGUCGGGCAAUUUUGAACUACAAAUCUUAGAAAUAUCAAAUACAAAUAGUCAUUUACUAUCUGGUUAUUGUUGCGGUACACCGCUAAGUAUACGAAGUACAAAAACAACCGGAUGUCCACAGUGUGCAACGGCAUUUCGGCUGUGCCUGAAGGAGUAUCAACAGAGUACGGUGCAAACGCAACCAGGCGUAUUAAAUGGUUGCUCAUUUGGAAAUGUGACCAGUGGUGUCAUCGGAGGCUCUAGUUUUGUUCUCAGCGAUCUCGUGGCCAAAUCCGGCUCAUUAGUGCUGCCAUUUACAUUUCGUUGGACGAAAUCGUUUACGCUGAUACUCCAAGCAUUGGAUAUGUACAACAGCUCUUAUCCCGUAUCAGAGCAAUUGAUUGAUGAAGCCUCGUUUUCGGGCGUAAUUCUGCCAUCGUCCGAAUGGAAUACAUUGAAUUACAUUGGCAAAAAUGCGCGGAUAACGUAUCGUGUUCGUGUACAAUGCUCGGAGAAUUAUUUUAACACAACGUGUACGACAUUUUGUCGACCACGUAACGAUCAGUUCGGCCAUUUUACCUGCGGCGAACGCGGAAACAAAGUUUGCCUGAGUGGAUGGAAAGGCGCUAAUUGCGAAGAAGCGAUUUGCAAGCGGGGCUGCCACGAGGUGCAUGGAUCAUGUUCGGCUCCAGGCGAAUGCGUGUGUCGUUCUGGAUGGGAAGGACCGUUGUGUGAUCAAUGCAAAGUAUAUCCUGGAUGUCGGCAUGGCUACUGUAAUGGAAGCGCUUGGCAGUGUAUUUGUGACACUAACUGGGGUGGCAUUUUAUGUGAUCAAGAUCUGAACUAUUGUGGAACACAUGAACCUUGUUUGCACGGCGGAACGUGUGAGAAUAUUGCACCAGAUCGAUAUCGUUGCACGUGUACCGAAGGACUAUCGGGCGAUCGUUGUGAAAUCGUUGAACAUCCAUGCGCAACCCAGCCUUGCCGCAAUGGUGGCACGUGUACCCUCAAGAAUCCAACCAAGUAUGAUGGCAGUGGCCGGAAAGAGGGCGAUAAGACACUCGAACAAACGACAGCUGUUGUAGUUCGACGCGGAAUGCGCGGUAUGAGUUCAAUGGGUAAACCAGUUAGUGUACGACCGACCAGUGAAUCUAAUAGCGUUUUAUUGAGUAACAAUGCGAAAAUGUCGUCGAUAUUAUCGCCAACACCGCCAGUCAAUGAGUUUACUUGUACAUGCGCCACGGGAUGGACGGGAUCCACUUGUGAAAUAAAUAUUGAUGAGUGCUCUGGAGAUCCUUGCGAACAUUCUGGAACCUGUAUUGACCUUGUUGGCGGAUUUCGUUGUGAAUGCCCUCCGGAAUGGACGGGUGAUGUAUGCGAUGUCGAUGUUAAUGAAUGCGAAUCAAAUACAUCGUCUGCAUUGGGACCAUGCAUUAAUGCUGAAUCAUGUACGAAUACGCCGGGCGCAUUUACGUGUACCUGUUUGGAAGGAUGGAGCGGUUUGACAUGCGCAAAAGAUAUUGAUGACUGUGUUGGUCAAUGCAAAAACGGUGCAACAUGCAUCGAUUUGGUAAACGAUUAUCAUUGUGCUUGCGCCAACGGUUUCACGGGACGAGAUUGCGAAACGGACAUUGAUGAAUGCGCGGUGAAUCCGUGCGCCAAUGGCGGAGAGUGUGUCAAUAUGAUUGCAAAAUUUAAAUGCAUUUGCCCAGUCGGAUACUCUGGAACACUGUGCGAGGAGGCUGAAGAUCAUUGUUCACCAACACCAUGCGUUGAAGGAAGCUGCUUAAAUACACCUGGCGGCUAUUACUGUCAUUGUCCAGCUGGUCGUGCCGGUCGCCAUUGUGAAUUGCUCGCAACGCCGUGUAAAUCACCGCCGUGUUAUGUCGGUUGUACGGCACCAAAUUCGAAUUCAUCGAUUCCAUGUAAUGGUCAUGGAAAAUGCGAAACAAAAGAGAACGGUCAAAGUUGUUUGUGCUACUAUGGUUUCACCGGGCCCUAUUGCGAGCACAAUCUCAAUGACUGUUUGCCAAAUCCAUGCAUCAACGGUAUGUGCUUGGAUGGAGACGGGAAAUUUACAUGCAAAUGUGCUCCUGGUUGGUCAGGUAAAACGUGUACAGAACGAAUUACGCAAUGUUUUAGCGGUCAAUGUGCGAAUGGUGGCUCGUGUGCACCGACGAUCAUUGGUGGCGAAGCCACUUCCGUUUGUAUUUGUGCUAAUGGAUGGGGUGGCGCUUUCUGUACAGAACCAAUCGAUCAGUGCCAAGGACAGCCGUGUCACAAUGGAGGCACUUGUGAGUCGGGAACGGGAUGGUUUCGAUGCGCUUGCGCUCAAGGAUUCAGCGGACCCGAUUGUCGUAUAAAUGUUAACGAAUGCUCACCACAACCGUGCUUGGGCGGAGCCACUUGCAUCGACGGCAUCGGUGGUUUCACGUGCAUCUGCCCGAAAGGUAGACGUGGACUGAGAUGUGAAAUAUUGCUAUCUGAUCCAUCAUCCGUAUGUCUAAACACCACAUCACUGUCGCCGUAUAAUGCAAUCGGCGCCGAAACCUCAGAAGAUAAACUCGAUGAAACGAACUGUAACUCGUGCAUUUGUGUGAAUGGCAAACCAAAGUGCUCGAAUCUUUGGUGCGGAUUAAAGAAUUGUUUGCGUUCAAAUGUGUCGAGUGGAUGUGAUGCACACGAAGUAUGCGUUCCGCUUACACUACAAGAGAGUUGCUUAUCACCGCCAUGCAUACCAAGAGGUGAUUGUCGCAGCUUAGAACCAUCUCGACGUGUGGCUCCGCCAAAACUACCCGCUCCCGUUGAAUGUUGGCCAAAUCAAGCCGUUCUCGAUGAAAAUUGUGCACGUAUCACAAUCUUGCUACAAAAUCGCAUCAUUUUACCUGGAACAUCGGUUGAAGGAAUUUGCUUGAGCCUACGAACGUUACUGGGUACGAGACUAGUAAAAGUCCAAACCGAUAUGCAAUCACCGCUGCUGGUUCUUUUGUGCGACCUGAAAACCGGAACGAAUGACACCAUCGAAGUUACAAUCUCAUCCACAACAAAGAAUCCUGAAUAUAUUUCGCAAGCGGUAUCAAUUCUUGGUGAGUUGUUAUCACGCGGCAGUUCAUUGGGGACAACAUAUUCAGCGGAAGAAAUUGAAGCGGCUCCAUUGGCGGCGAUUUUGGAAGUCAAGGUCGAAACGGCACUUGUCACCAAUGAACAAUCUCGUUCAGGAUUUUUAUUGAUGAUUGUUUGCGCGACGGCAAUUGCCGCCUUAGUUCUGGGAGCGUUCGGUGCCCUUUUCUGGCGUCGACGCGUAUUCGAUGCCAAUGGUUCGGGCGUAAAUCUGUCGCCAAACAUUGAAAUCGCUCGACACGACGAAGAAAAAUCCAACAACAUCCAGAAUGAGGAGAACUUCCGGCGUUUGGCCAAUCCAUUGAAGGGGAGCGCAACAUCGUUAAGCGGUGGAAUGGAAUUGAGUAUGCAUCCGACGCCCGAUGUUGUGUCGGUCAUUUCGCUUGGCGAAGGAUCAAGUGCAACAAGUAAAUCGCAAACAAUUUACCCAUGUGAUGGUGACUUCGAUGCAAUUGAACCGAAAUUGAAAUCGAAUCGAGGAUCUCAAAUACUAUACAAAGUGCAAAAUAUCGAUAUGCGCAAAAAUACCGUCGGCUCAUUAGAAAGUCCGCACAAAGACUUUGGUAAGCGUUCAAUCAAUAAGAACUGUAAAACAUUGACGCCAGUCUUAGAUUCCGAGUGUCUCACCGUUCAUGUGUAAACUGAUACGAACGUAGAAUUUUAGAUUUUGAAUGUAAUAAUAAUAAUUUCUUUUUUCUAAUCUUUUUUUAUUUUAAAUAGCGAUUUUAAUUUGCGAAUGUAGAAUUUUUUGUGUCCCCGAAUAAAUUAGUAUUUUAGUUUAAUGUCGAUCAAUUUAUUUCGUAAUAUCUUAGUGAAUUUUUAUGAAUGCGAUAUUUUUGGUCGUACGUUUUAGUUGUAAUUUUCCCAAAAAGGCGAUACGACAUCACGAUUUCGAUAAUGAUAAAACAAAAUCCGACAAAAAGCAAUGACAAAUUAUUUAUUUUAUAUGUGAAACGUGUGAAUAGAUUUUCCUUAAGCAAAUUUUUGUUUUAACGUUUUAAUUUAAAUCAAAACAAGUAACUGUGUGACAGAGAAACGUAUUGCGUGGAAUUUCUUUCUCUCAUUUCUUGCCUGCUGAGAUAAAAAAUGGAAUUCGAUUUUUUAUUUCAUUCUUUUUAAACUCAAUCACCCUCUGUCUCUCUAGAAUAAGUAAUAAAAUUUAGUGACAAUUUUUAGGCUGGUAUUUUAAGAAACAUUCCCGAUUUUAGGUGUUUAAGUAAGUUGUGUAAAUUAUUUUGACAUAAUAAUUACGAUAAAUGAAUCGAAAGCAAGAAAAGAAGAGAAAAACGAUUCAAAACAAAAUGUAGACGAUCCUAUUUUUUAAACAUAAAAACGAUAGAAAAAAAUAUAUCAUCAUUAAGUGAUUGUAAAACCAAUUGUGUACAAAGCUUACAGAAAACAAGAAAAAAAUGCAUGAAUUAUGAUUUGCCUUCUCUAUUUUUUUUUUCAAAGAAAAUUUCCAUUUCAUUUUUCGAGGAAUAUAAGUUUAAGUGUGCAAUGUGAAGGAAUUCUGUUUAUUAAAUUAUUAUCAAAUGAAUGCUAAAUUUUGCAAACAAAGCAAAAACAUUGGGAAACAAAGAGAGCAUGUUAAUUUCAAUAAUAUUUUAUCGGUUUGAUUUUCCUAGAUUUCGAAUUGUGUGUGCAUUUGGAAACGUUUGUGUAUGCUUUUUUUUGUUGGUUGGUCUCUUAGAAAGCACGAGUGUCGAGAAUGGAAUUCAAUUUCAAUUCAUUUUAACGAAACGUUCAUUCUUCAUUUCAUUUCAUUCCAAUAGCAAUUCAAAUUGAAUCCGAGUCACCGACGAAAACAACGCGUGUUACAUCGUUUUAAUGUGUCUUCGAAUUGUUUCAAGAUUUUUGAAAGAGAAAAAAAUACAAACAAAUGCGCUCAAGCAAUACUAAGAAUGGAAACGAAAAAUCGAGGUGAGGCCCCGUCUAACCGUCUAUUGGCCAACUUCUAACUCUAUCCGUCCAAUGAUAGAUUUCUUUCGAAUGAAAUCAUUUCGCAACGAAGAAAAAAAACAAAUGCUCUUUUCAAUUAGAAGACAAUGGAAGAAGCGACAACUUUUCCGCCGCAACAGAAGAUAUUUAUAUGUACAUUUGAACAAAGUAUUGCUUGACGGUCCAGUGUGAUAUUAAUUAUAAACCAUAUUUUAAAGUUGAAAAAAAAACUGACAAACAAAACGAACAAAGUGACAAAUCUUUUUGAAACAAAUCAAUUUUGUUUAGAGCAUUUAAAGUGUAAUAAAUGGAGAGUCGGAGAAAUGUGGAAUUAAAAUGAAGAAAUAUUUUGUUAGAGCUCUCCGCACCUAUUCCUAGACUUUAUCAGUGACAAGAAAAACAACAACAGCAACAGAAAAAGGAAAAACUGUUUUUAAAUCGCAAAACGUGAAAAUAUUGAAGAAAAAAAUAACAAAUGAAAAGCUUUUAGUAAGGUCUCUGUUUAUUGUAGGUAUUACGAAUGAGUUACUUUAGGUUAAUAAUUCAAUUUUAUUUAUCGUUCUAAUUGUUCGGCGCGAAGAAUGUAGAAGAAAGAAAGAAAAAACCAAUGCAUGAGAGAAUGGCAGGAAAAUUAAGACGCAACCGUUAACAUUUUCCUAAUGUUCCACGCAAAACUAGAAAUAUUUAAUGAAAAAAAUAGAACAGGUUCUUUUUAGUUAGAGCUAGGCGUUAAAUUCUUACUUUAAAAAAAAAACAAACAAACAAUGGAUUCAUUUAGAAAUGAGCAAUAAAUGGGCUUGUGCACACACAAACACAUACACAAAAUAUGCAUGGGCAAAUGCGAACUACGAUAUUUGUUCCAAUCAAAUGUUUAACGAACAACGAAAUUUGAGCCACAUUCACGAUCAUUCCAUAGAAUAAGAGCCAUCUUAGUUAUUUACACUGCAAAGUGAGUUAAAUCCAUAGGUUUAGGGAAAUUGAUCAUUUGUAAAAAAAAAAAAACGAAUAUGUAAUUGUUUAAUCGAAAACGACACAUUCCGAUUUACGAACAAAGAGCUCGGCUCUUUUUUCUCAAAUAAAAAAUAUAAUACAUGCACAUUUUGCGUCGUUAAAAUACCAGCAAAGUACUUAUGGCAUGUGCCUCUCUUCACACCCAAAAGCAUUUUUAUACUAAAUACAAAUUAUCCAAUCAUAUUCGAAAUAAAUUGGGAUUGAAAAUCCUUAUGAAAAAAAAAAUACAUAGACAAAAAAUAUAGCAAAUAAUCGAGUGGAUUUAUACAUUUGGAUUGACAAUAAUGUUUAGGACCACAAAAAUGCAUCAAUAUAAGUUAAAUGAAUUGUAAUAUUGAACGAACAAUCAAAUAAAUUAUUGUUUUUUAUUCUGAUUUAAA